AUCAUGAGGUUGUCUAAAACAAACAACAAUAAAUUCUGUUUUUUUCUUAUUUCCUUGUGUUUCUUCUUCUUUUUCAUUCUCUUUUCUUUUCUGUAUGAGCCACAAUGUUACAAUCAAAUAACAACUUGAAUAACAUGAUGUACAAUGGAGCUAUGGCUUCAGACUGGUCUGAAGAACCACCACAACAACAACGUCCAGAGAAAAUCACACAUCCAGAAUGGGGUGUCAUGAAAGAACAGGACUUUCGGCCACUUACCUUAAAGCACCAAAGGGAUCUUGAAAACUUGCAUCAAGCAGGUAAUUUCAUCAAGGAUUUUUACUUUUGGCAAGCUAAUUUGGGUGGAUACUGUAUGGCUGAUAUGAUACAAAAUGUCGUGAUUUCCUCAGAGGGUGCGUUUGUGUUAGUAAGGAAAAUCGUUGAUGGUGCACCACAUCCUGGCAGAAGAAAGAAGAAGAAGGUUUAACUGUCAAAAGCUGUGGUGGAUCUGGUAUUCAUUUCGAGCAUGUAAAAUAAUUAUGUUAAUAAAAACACUGUAUUGCUUUCAUCAAGCAUUUUCUUUUUCAAAAAA